AUGGACCAACAUGCCGAAGCGCCUCGACGCAAGCGGAAGAGCAGGUUUAGCGAUGCUCAACCAGAUUCUGUAGCACCAGUAGACAAGAACCAGGCUGUGAAUACUGCUGUGUCAUCAUUUUCAUUGGAUCCUGCAGCUUUGGCACGAGCUGCAGCAGCCAAGAUCGCGCGGGCUAUUCCGGGUCCGCUGCUACAACAACUGCAUCCAUGUCAGCAGCCAUAA